AUGGCUGAUAAAAAAUCAGCGAAAAAGGGAAAUGAAGAAGAUAAGCCAGUCACUAUGGAUGGUCUCAAAGGUCAGCUUUUGCGAUUUGGCGAGCACAACAUCCUCUCCCUUCGAAAAGAGCUCCACGCGGCAGUCGAUGAAGAAGCCCGAUUUUCUGAUCCAAGCCAAAAGGACAUCCGAAAACAGCUGAUGGACAAAGUUCUUAUGGCUGUUUUGAUGAUAACCAAACUCGAGGACCAAGUAAACGAUCAUAAGAAACACGUGGUCGAUUUGAACAAAAAGAGCAAGGAUUUGAAGCUGACCUUCAAUGUCCAUAAAGAAAAUGUCGAGGAACUGGAAGCACACAAGAGACAAUGCAAUCAAAAGAUUUCGAAUCUGAGGGCGGAGAAAAAAUCGCUAGAAGAAUAUGCUCAAAUGCAGAAAACUGAGACAGAUAAAAUGAACGCUGAAAUGGCUCCAUACAAAAAGCAAAAUGCAAUGCUGAUGAACAUCGUUUCCGCAGCCGAAAAGGGUCACAACAUGCUGCUGACAACAAUGUCCAGCAUCAACAAAGAGAUCAGUUCUGGCUUGUAG